AUGUUUGGAUACGGUUCUUUUGAACCAAUACCAAGAAUGCCUCGCCCUGAUUUAUUGCAAGUCAUCGAGGCCGAAGAAAUAUUCCGACUGUCACUGAUGAAAGAAAGGAAAAGCAUUCAAGAAUGGCUUUACUCUGUCAAAGUCAACAGACUUUUCAGUAAACUACCACAUCCCGAUAUGCUGGACUGCAUCAGUAGUUUUCUCUUGGACGACUGGAUUUUUUUGCGCAACAGAUUUAUGUAUGAAAACGGUCGUGACUGGCUGGCUUCUAUCGAUAUUCGGAACCCGCUCACGACAGAAGACUUGUUAGAGCGAACUCCAAUGUUUAUUUCGACAAGGAAUGUUAGUAAGCUUUCCCAGUGGAUCAAUGGUGGUGCCAGUGAUCAACGGGAUGAUAACAAAGAAUGUAUACAAAGGCGUACAAAGCUGUCUGAGGAAGAGAAAGCUACCAAUGUUAUUCUACAGGAAAUACUAGCGCACUUGGCCGACAAAGUGCGCAAAGUAGAAGAACAAAACGUGCCUUUCUUCACAGUGACCGAUGUAAGUAAAGAACUGAUGACGUCACUGCAAAAAGACUUCACUGAGACGAUCGGCAGUAAGAAAAAUGAUAAAAAAGGAGUCAAUAAGUCCGAUAAAUACGUGAAAGCUAAAGAAUUCAAAUCUAAGGCAGCUCACCAGUGCGCCAUGCCUUCAAAACUUAAUGUAAAUGCGGCAGUUUUUCAAACGACGGGGAAUCCCCCUGAAAAGAAAAAUGAUUCAAACGGGAAUUCUGGAGCAAAAAAUCUGAGUGUGAAGAAUAACGCUAAAGAUACGAGGUUCCAGGCCACUGCCAGACCUUUUGUUCCCAAGAAGUUUCCACUUAAGUCUACUAUGAGCGUGUUCAGCAAUGGAAAUCACAGACCAGCUGCGGCUCAACAAGGAAACAUUGCCAAACCAGUGCAACAACGGGUGAAUUCCUUCCUCAACAACACUAGAACCACAAAUCCAUUUCUUACAUCCAGUCCAGCAUGUAACCAAGCACCUUUGGGAAACUUCAGGCCUGUCGGCUCCAUGGCACCACAACAGAACAACCAACAACAAGCAGGCGGGCAACUUGCUCGUCCAGUCGGGGGCUGGAAAGUGGGAGGGUCACAAAACGGUCAAAAACAUCAGUAUUUUCAAGGCCCUCAACAAAAUAAUUUACUACAGCAACAAGUGAAUCAGUAUUACCGGCUUUUAGGUCUGCAACAGAAGCUACAAUCCCAACAUCACCAACGACAGCAGCAAAUGGAAGACCCGUGUAUUUUGGCCUUUCACCCCAACACAGUAAACAACGACAAUUGCAGUGCCAACAAUCCAGUGUUCAGUCAGUUUGCAGCCGCAGUACUCAGUAAUCUCCGCAACGUAUCGCAGAGCGGAAAUCCAGCAAUCCGACCUCCUGUUGCCAUGCAAAUCUCAGCGAACAACCAACACCCAAUGGCAAACUUACCACCAUCAAAUAUCACCGUUAAGAACCCCAGCCAGUCGCUUCUAGACUACCCGAAUCCAAACCUGUCCAAGAAACCUCCUGAUCAGCUGACAUUCAAACCACAGCAAUCAAAGCAAACAUCGAACUUCGCGAUGAAACAUUCGUCUAAAUAA